ACACACUGACUGUGACAGAAGCUGAGAGACGAAGAGCUGAAGACAUGGCACAAACGUUUAAUGGAGAACCAGGAGACCUGAUCGAGAUCUUCCGUCAGGGCUAUCAGCACUGGGCCGUCUACAUCGGCGAACAAGACGUGAUUCAUUUCACUACAGACGAAACAGGUGGUCAGUCAUCUGGCUCCUUGGACUUACUGAGCAGCAGAAAAGGAUAUGUGUUGAAAGAGAAGUUCAGCGAUGUGGUCGGAAAAGACCGUUACCAGGUCAACAAUCUGCUGGAUAAGAGCCAUAAGCCACGUGAUCCUUCCAACAUAGUGAAGAAGGCCUGUAAGAUGGGUGGCCGCAGGCUAUUGUACAACGUUGCCACUUACAACUGUGAACACUUUGCCAAAGAGCUGCGAUACAGAAAGGCAGAGUCUGGACAGGUUAAAGCUGUGAUCGGUGGCGCCAAACUCGUCGCAGGCGCCCUAGGCGUCGCCACAGGCGCCGCAGGCGCCUUGAUCAGCGGAGCCCCUGUUUCCACUCCAGGCGCAGCUGCAGCAGGGUAUUCUUUAUUUACAGCUCCAUUUAGCAUUUCUUCCAGCCGUUAAGAGGGAAGAAGAUGACAACAAGAAGAAAACAAGAACAAAUCACGAACACUGGCAACGAUGAAUGUUGGCAUGUAGCCGACAGUGAUUAUGAUUUAAACUUUUUAAAUAAAUUAUUUCACUUGUGCAAUCUGGAGACAAAAAGUUUGUUGUUCAACACAGUUAAAAGACAUUUGACCUUGAAUCAGAUAAGACGAUAAGGCAUUAAAUCAUCUGGAUGAUUAGACUAAAGACACAUCUCUCCAGACUUCACCUUGGAUAAAAGAUAAAAAAUAUAUACUUCUAUAUCUGUUUAGUAGCACCUAUAUAUAGCUACUUGCACUUCUAUAACACUUAUAUAUAGCAUUUUGUAGUUUGGCUUUCUUGAAGCAAAUUGUACUUGAUUCUUGUUGCUCUGGGUUUGUUCUCUCAUGGUUGAUGCUCUUAUUGUGACCUUGGAUAAAAGCGUCAGCUAAUUGAAAUGUGAUGUGAUGUUAUAAAUGUUUCUUUGUCUUUCGUGUAAUUCCUCACUUUUUAAACGGAUCAAAUAAUCAUUUGUUCACAAUUUAU